AUGACCCUUCCACAACCUCCCAAAAGCGAACUUCCACACGCAAUUCUAGCCGACAGCGAAAGCAAUAUAUCUGGACAUGGAACAUACGAUAAAACCUCAGCCGAUCGCGACCUUGAAACGCUAGGAUACACUCCCGAGCUCCAGCGAAAUCGUUCUACCUGGAAUGUCGUUUUUAUGUGCUUCAUCCUAUCCUCGGUACCUUACGGACUCGCAACCACUUUCACGUAUCCCUUGGCAGGUGGAGGUCCUUCUAAUGUCAUCUGGGGCUGGGUGGCUGUGUGCCUGAUUAUUCUUUGCGUAGCUGUCUCGCUGGCUGAGAUCACCUCGGUCUUCCCUACAGCCGGUGGCGUCUACUACCAGACCUUUGUCUUAUCACCUCCCUGGUGCCGGCAUAUCCUUGCCUGGAUCUGUGGUUGGGCCUACAUGACCGGCCAAAUUAUGAUCACAUUGUCAGUCAAUUUCUCAACCGCACAGCUUUUCGUCGCCAGUCUCAACGUUUUCGAGAAGUCGCCCGGAGUCGGGAUCACCGACCAUUUCGAAGCUUACCAUGUGUUCCUGAUCUUCCUGGCGGUUACCCUCUUAUGUCAUGCAAUUCCUACAUUCGCCAACAAAUAUCUGCCGUGGUUAGAGCAAUUCGCCAUCUUCUGGACUAUAGCAGGCGUGAUUGCCAUUGUCGUCUGCAUUCUGGUACUUGCCAAGGAAGGCCGACACUCCGCCGAAUGGGUUUUCACGGAUUUCGAGCCGCUGAGCGGCUGGCCUGCGGGUUGGUCGUUCUGCGUCGGUCUGCUACAAGCCUCAUGGGCGACCUCAGCCACAGGAAUGAUCAUUUCAAUGUGUGAAGAGGUGCGCGAACCUGCUAUCCAAGUACCCAAGGCCAUGGUGGGAACCGUAGCAAUCAAUCUGAUUGCUGGUUUAACACUAUUGAUUCCCAUCUGUUUUGUAUUGCCCGAUCUCAAUGCGCUGAUCGCCUCAGGACAACCAGUCCCGCCGACCUUGAAAUCCGCCACUGGCAGUUCCGUCGGUGCAUUCUGCUUGCUUGUCCCACUGUUGAUAUUAGGCCUCAUCUGUGGCGUUGGCUGUGCAACAUCCACCAGUCGAUGCACUUGGGCGUUUGCGCGUGACGGCGCAAUUCCGGGCUCCAAAUGGUGGAAAACCGUCAACAGGCGCCUAGAUAUCCCCCUGAAUGCCAUGAUGCUGUGCAUGACUAUCGAGAUCUUGUUGGGAUUGAUUUAUUUUGGAUCCAGCGCGGCAUUCAGUGCCUUCUCCGGCGUGGGAAUCAUAUUACUAACUCUCAGCUACGCUUGCCCCGUCGCUGUAUCGCUGAUCAUACGACAUCGCCAGGAUAUCAAGCAUGGUAGUUUUUAUCUCGGACAUCUCGGUACAUUUUGCAAUGUCGUUGCCGUUGCGUGGACCAUCCUGGCCAUUCCCUUAUUCUGCAUGCCAACCUUCAAAAGUGUCACUGUCGAAACGAUGAACUACGCAGUUGUGGUAUUUGUGGGCAUUGUGCUUGUCUCAGCACUAUGGUAUUGGGUCUGGGGACAUGAAAACUAUGCUGGCCCGCCCAUUGAUGGCGUGAAUCCUCAUGCUGAGGAGUGA